AUGGGAUUUCAGAUGUUUUUGCUCUUCUUUUUAACAACAUCCGCGUUGGCAGAUAUAGCCACGUACGGCUAUCAUCCAAAAGGCGCCAAUCCGACAUUGUACUCAUUAGAGGACAGGUACCUGAGACCACAUGGAUAUUAGAAUAGGAAGUGUAAUUUUAGUGUUUUACAACUUGACGAAGCCACUUUCAAUGACACCAUUUUUGGCCCAGAAACUGGAGAUGCAGGAUAUCUGGUUGAGGUAUCGAAUAAAUAAAGUAACCCGUUUGAUCAUCCUUCCUUCCAUUUCAGUUUUACUCUGACUGGUGUGGUCAUUGCCGAGCUUUUGCCCCAACCUACAAAAACCUGGCCAAAGAUGUGGAUGGAUGGCAGGAUGUUGUCAAGAUCGCCGCCAUUAACUGCGCCGAUCCGGUGAACGAGCAUGUGUGCCGAUCGAACGGUGUCCGAUUCUUCCCAUUGAUCAAGGUAAUCCGAUAUUUGUUUCUCGGCACAACAUCCUUUAGUAUUUCCCACGUGACUCCACCAACUCGACUGAAGGAUCUCAAAUUAAACCGUAUGCAACUGUUUCGGAAAUGAGGGGACAGCUCACCAAGGCUGUGAUGGAUGAUUAUGCGCUCAAUCGCUACCAGGAAUGGCCAACUUUUGAUUUCUUGAAAGAGUAUGCUAUGCCAUUCCAAUGAGUUAUUCUUUAUUCUAAAUGUUUCAGCGUGGUCACAUAUGGCGAAUUGUGGAAUGAAUCAUCUUCUUCUGCCAGUCACAUUGCUAUUAUUUUCGAAACUAAUCAAGCCAGUCUCACGGGUGCCCAGGUAUGUCGACCUAUUUUAUUCAGAUAAAAAAAGGGUUUUUCUUUUUUCCAGCUCCUCCUUGAUCUCAGUGGUAACCGAGACCGUCUGGUGGCUCGCAGAUGCCUUAAGAGCCAUCCAUUGGCCGAGGCGCUCAAAAUUACUGACUUCCCAUCGUUGGCCAUUUUCAAAAGAGGAGAACGGAAGCCGGUUUUGAUUGCUGAGUAGGUUAUCCACGCGUUUGUUUAUCUGACCCGACAUUUUCAGACUUCGUCGCUUGUUGCUCCGCGAGCUUGAACAGUUUUUGGGAAAACCAUCUGACCACUCACUCCAGACCAUUCAAUUCAGCAGCAGAAAGAACAAGACUAUCGAUUGCAACAAGGAUCCCGAACUGUAUCGAUUGGGUUUCAGAAUAGAUUCACCUCUGUUUUCAGGUGCAAACCAAACUAUUAUGUCUCCGAAGUGGAUAUGCUCAAGGCGAUGCGAUACGCUCUUUUCCGCGAAUCCGCCAGAACCGGCGCUCCCCUUCAAGCGGCGAAUCUUUCUGCUCUCUACGAAUUCACCUCUCUCCUCGCCGAUAACUUCCCUGUUGUGACACUCGAAGGAGCAACUGACAACUCGGUACAAAUGCCUUUGACGUAUUCGUGUAGAGUGUUCGCUUGCAGACGGUUCUUCACUUGGACAGAUCAAGCCGUGCCGUCAGAGUUUUUUCGCGACUCCGUGAUUUUAUUGCCGAAAAAGGAUUAGACUCGCCGGUUUCCGUUGAUGACUGGCAGAAAGAGUUCCUAGCUGCCGAAGCGGAAGCGGGUCAUCCCUUCCCACUGAACACUAACUGGGAUCAUUGUGCCGGUUCUUCCACUCAGUUCAGAGGAUACACCUGUGGACUGUGGACUACUUUCCAUGCGUUGACUGUUUCUGCUUUCAAAAACUGGCAAGCGAAGACUACCGGUAAACCGUUGCCCAUAAUGUCUAUAUUCACUGGCACUUCAGAUAUCACACUCCCGCUACCACCACUGCAAUCAAUUCGUGACUGGGUUGGAUCGUUCUUUGGAUGUAAUCACUGCAGAGACCAUUUCCUCAAAAUGACCACAGAUACGUUCAAAAUUGAGGCCAAUGUCAGCAAUUAUCGGGUUGUAUUGAGAAUGAGUGUUCGGUUUUUCUAGGUUCGCCGCCCAGAAGAUGUGUACCUCUACCUUUGGAAGGCCCACAACAAGGUGAACGCGAGACUUCAUGGAAGAGAGACUGAAGAUCCAAAGUUCCCCAAGUAUCAGUUCCCGGCCAAGUUCCUGUGUCCGAAUUGUAAUGCCAAAGGAUUCUUGAACGAGGAUGAUACUCAGCCCUUCCUUAUCGAGUACUAUUCUCGAAUCCGUCCAUACACUAAUUCCACUCAAAUUCAACAGUAG